AUGAUUUCUCAUGAUGAAGUGCUAUGGAUCAUCUACUUUAUGCAAUUAAUAACUGGUGUUCUGGGGAAUAGCUUCCUUUUUUGCAUAUAUAACUAUAAUUUUAUGACCGGCUACAAGAAAAGACCCAUUGAUCCAAUACUUAUUCAUUUGGCUUUUGUCAAUGACAUGUUUCUUCUCCUCAGGGGAAUUCCACAGAUGAUAAGAGUGUGGAGACAGGGAUAUUCCCUGAACGACAUUGAGUGUAAACUCAUAACUUACUUCCAAAGAGUAUUCCGGGGACUUUCUCUCUCUAGUACUAGUCUCCUGAGUGUCUUCCAGGCCAUUAUCAUCAGUCCCACCAGCCUCUUUUGGGGUAAAGUUAAAAGCAAAGCCCCAAAUUUUGUAUUACCAUGUGGUCUUCUCUGUUGGAUUUUUAAUCUGUUGAUAGAUGUAUUUGUACUCGUCUAUGUGACAGGUCCAAGGAAUAACACAACUAAAGAGAGAAUGAAUUGGGGGUACUGUUCUCUGGAUACAGAUGCUAUGAGUCCUUUAAAAGUUGUCAUAUGGAAGACUCUCUAUGAUUUUAUAUUUGUGGCUAUAAUGGCUUGUAGUAGCAUCUACAUGGUAUUUUUCCUUUAUAGACAUCAUCAGCAGGUCAAGCACAUUCACCACACCAGUCCAUCUCUCAGUGCAUCCCCUGAGAUCCAAGCCACUAAAUCCAUUCUGCUAUUGGUGAGCUCUUUUGUCUGCUUUAAUGCAGUCAGUGGCCCAUUUAUUCUUCAUAUAGAACGUUCUAAAGGAGCCAUUUCUUGGGCAUAUUAUGUCUCUACUAUUCUUUCAGUAUCUUUCCAAUCAGUCAGCCCCUUUGUGCUGCUCAGCAGUGAUACUCAGAUUCCCAGGUCCUUCUGUAUUCUUUAA